CGCUUACCGACGCUGGCCCGCCGCGGCAUCCUGGAAGCGGCGGCGGCUGGAGCAGUGUGGACUCUCCAGGUUCAGCACUCAUUUGAUGACAACUCCUGACUCCAACUGAUUGAGGUUCCUGUUGUGUCUUAGUGCACUGUUUCGCUUGCUGGGGCUAAGAUGGACCUUGUUCUCAGUGCCGCAGAUUAUUAUUUUUUUACACCAUACGUAUAUCCAGCCACAUGGCCAGAGGAUGACAUCUUCUGACAAACUAUUAGUCUCCUAAUUGUGACAAAUCUUGGCGCUUAUAUCCUUUAUUUCUUCUGUGCCACAUUGAGCUAUUAUUUUGUGUAUGAUCAUUCAUUAAUGAAGCAUCCACAGUUUUUAAAGAAUCAAGUGUAUCGAGAGAUUAAGUUCACUGUCCAGUCAUUACCCUGGAUAAGUAUCCCCACUGUUGCAUUGUUCCUGCUAGAGUUGAGAGGUUACAGCAAAUUAUAUGACAACAUAGGAGAGUUUCCAAGUGGUUGGUUUCACCUUAUUGUCAGUGUCAUCUCCUUCCUCUUUUUCACUGAUAUGCUGAUCUACUGGAUUCACAGAGGCCUUCAUCAUAGACUUGUAUACAAGCGUAUCCAUAAACCUCAUCACAUUUGGAAGAUACCCACUCCAUUUGCAAGUCAUGCUUUUCACCCAGGGGAUGGCUUCCUUCAGAGUCUACCUUACCAUAUAUACCCUUUUAUCUUUCCGUUACACAAAGUGGUUUACUUAGGUUUGUACAUCUUGGUUAAUAUCUGGACCAUUUCCAUUCAUGAUGGUGAUUUUCGUGUCCCCCAGAUUUUAAAGCCAUUUAUUAAUGGCUCAGCACAUCAUACAGACCACCACAUGUUCUUUGACUAUAACUAUGGACAGUACUUCACACUUUGGGAUAGAAUUGGAGGUUCAUUCAAAAACCCUUCCUCCUUUGAGGGGAAAGGACCACUUAGUUAUGUGAAGAAGAUGGCAGAAGAAAAAUGCAACAGCUUUACAGAAAAUGGUUGUAAAAAUGAAAAAUUAUGCAAUGGAAGAUUUACAAAGACUAAGUAAUUAUUGCCCAAUUAUUCUUAAAUAUUUUUAAUAAGGAAAAAUAAUCUACACACAGCCAAGAUACACAGCAAGUAAUUGGUAUCAUUUGAAAAUCAGCAUUGUGUGUUCGGCUAAGGAAUGGUGACAAAGUAGGUCAAGGAAAGAUGGUGUGACCAUCAAGAUUAGAGUCUCAUGCUUAAAAUGCCAGCUGCUGGCCCAGGGGUCAAUUUUUGUCUUUCCAGCCAGCAGAUCUAUAGUUUGAUUAGCCUAAAGAACAAUUCUAAAUAAGAUAGAAAAUAUACUACUAAGGGGAAUAGGCUAUAUCCUUUUGCCUUAAUCCACCUGUAUUCAUUAAGAAAAAUUCAUUGUGCUUAAUAAUACCAAGACUAAGCACCAUAACCAAAAAAUACUAAUAUAAAGAUGGUUCCUUGUUCCAGGAAUGGUUAAGUCUUCAGUGUUGGUAUGAUAAUG